GUUUUUUGGAACUAAGACCAACCAUAAAUGAAAUUAUUAAUCGACAUAGAUCAGCACCAAAUAUGAUCAGUGCAAAAGAAGCUGAAGAACUAGAAGAGAUUAAGCACUUAUUGCGACCCUUGGAAGCGGCAACUAGAGAAUUAUGUGGGGAACAUUAUGUAACCAGCAGCAAAGUUAUCCCAAUGGUACACUGCCUUCUCGGUAAAAUUAAUGAAACGUCAGCUGUUUUAGAAAUUGGUAAAGAAUUAAAAAAAAGUUUGCUUAAACAGAUGGAAAAGAGAUUUGGAGAUAUUGAAAACGUAGAGAUACUAGCAGUGUCCACAUUACUGGAUCCACAUUUUAAAAGACUUCAUUUUAAGAACCCAUUAGCUUGCGCAAAUGCUGUUAAUUUAUUACAAUGCCUUUACAAAGAAUAACUUAAGUUACAGAAAGCUGGAGAACCUUACGUUGGCGAUGUUGACGGAAUUGACAAUGUAGAUGCAAAUCCAGGCAGUUCAAAAGAAUUUAAUUUGUGGAGCGGUCACCAUACAAUUGUUGAACGAACGAAAUCGAAACAAUUAGAUGAAUAUUCUACAGAUAUUACAUCAGAAGUCACUCAAUACUUAAGGAGUCCAAUUUCCAAUUUUUCUGAUAACCCGCUGUCUACUUGGAA